UGAAAAGGGGAAGAAUAAAAGAGGCGGUGACGCACUCUACUGGUCCCUCUACUCUUUCCUUUCUUUGGAGCCUCUGUCCGAAAACCCUAGCCUCUCUACCAAGGCCCAAGGCCCCAAGGCCAACCUUUCUACGAUUCAAAGUCAGGGGCUUUUUGGGAUGGCUUGCAUGUCAUUGAACAGCAUUGGGACUUGUGGAUUAAGAACUCUCCACAAUCUUCAUCUGUCUUCAAAGCCAUUCCUACCAAGUAACUGCAGCAUCUUUGGAACUUCAUCAUCUUUCAUUGCAGGAGCUUCCAUUUCCACAAAAAAUCGCCCUAUUCCUUGGGAACUUCGCCAUUUCAGUGGCUCCGCAGCUUCUUUAUCAACGCCAUUCCAAUUUCAUUCUGUCUCAGUGAAAGCAGAACAAUCUGACAUUGCCUCUGAUAGGGUGGUUGUGCUGGUCAUUGGCAGUGGCGGAAGGGAACAUGCUCUAUGCUAUGCCUUGAAGCGAUCUCCCUCUUGUGAUGCAGUCUUCUGUGCACCUGGAAAUGCUGGGAUUUCCAACUCAGGAGAUGCCACUUGUAUUUCAGACCUUGACAUCUCUGACAGCUCAGCAGUGAUCUCCUUCUGCCAUAAAUGGGGAGUAGGACUAGUUGUUGUGGGGCCAGAGGCUCCUCUUGUUGCCGGUCUCUCAAAUGAUCUAGUUAAGGCUGGAAUACCCAGUUUUGGCCCUUCAUCGGAAGCUGCUGCGUUAGAAGGUUCCAAGAACUUCAUGAAGAAUUUGUGUGACAAAUAUGGGAUUCCCACUGCUAAGUAUCAAACUUUUACAGACCCUGCUGCUGCAAAGCAGUAUAUUCAAGAGCAAGGGGCACCAAUUGUUAUAAAGGCGGAUGGAUUGGCUGCUGGAAAAGGAGUUAUUGUUGCUAUGACAUUGGAUGAGGCAUACGAAGCUGUUGACUCCAUGCUUGUCAAAGGUGCUUUUGGUUCUGCUGGUUCCCAGGUCAUUGUUGAAGAAUUUCUGGAAGGAGAAGAAGCAUCCUUUUUUGCUCUGGUUGAUGGAGAGAAUGCCAUACCUCUAGAAUCUGCUCAGGACCACAAACGAGUUGGUGAUGGUGAUACAGGGCCCAAUACUGGUGGGAUGGGGGCAUACUCUCCAGCACCCAUCAUAACAGAAGAACUUCAGUCUUUGGUCAUGAAAUCCAUAAUUAUCCCUACAGUAAAAGGAAUGGCAGCAGAAGGUUGUAGGUUUGUUGGGGUUUUGUAUGCUGGGCUCAUGAUUGAGAAGACGUCUGGAUUACCUAAGCUAAUUGAGUAUAAUGUGCGAUUUGGAGAUCCAGAGUGCCAGGUGCUAAUGAUUCGGCUAGAGUCUGAUCUGGCCCAAGUUCUGCUUGCAGCUUGUAAAGGAGAGUUAAGUGGGGUAUCUCUGAACUGGUCCCCAGGGUCUGCCAUGGUGGUGGUAAUGGCAAGCAAAGGCUACCCUGGGUCCUAUGAGAAGGGAACUGUGAUUUCCAAUCUUGAAGAAGCAGAGCUUGUUGCUCCAUCUGUCAAGGUGUUUCAUGCUGGAACAAAUCUCGACUCAGAUGGCAACUUCAUUGCUGUUGGGGGUCGCGUUCUGGGAGUUACUGCCAAGGGGAAAAAUCUUGAAGAGGCACAGGAGAGAGCCUACCGAGCCGUUGAGGAAAUCAACUGGCCAGGAGGGUUCUACCGCCGAGAUAUUGGUUGGAGAGCGCUUCCUCGCGGCCAAUUUGCUACAAAAUUGUAAAACUGGUUCCUUUACUUGGAAUUUUGGGGAAUAAUAAUGAUGGUGGCAAAUUGAGAAACAAAAAAUGCUUAAUGUAUUAGCAGAGUAAAAUAGAAUUGGGUCUCAAAAGAAAUUGAUUCUACUAAAAAGAACAGCACUUGAAAUGAAGAAUUCAGCUACUUCUCAGAAACAUGAUUAUGAGAACGAAUGUGGCUGCCACACUCAUUUAUUAUAAGAAAGAGAGAUCUGGAAAGAACUUGUUUUCUU